AUGUUACUACCAGCUCUCUGCUUUUUGAUGAGCGGCCUCGCCGCGCAACGCACUAAACAACCCACGUCCGGCUGCCAGGUCGACAACUGCGAGCGGUGCGUCCCCAGCGACGAAACAAAGUGCGAGGCGUGUAACUCUGGCUUCGACCUCGACGAAAACACAAAGCAGUGCAACCCAGCGCCGGCCGAGUGCCCGAUCGUGAACUGCCAGACGUGCUCCCAGGACAAGCAGACUUGCGUGGCAUGUGAACCAGGCAAGCAUCUGACCCCGACGAAGAAGGCAUGCUUAGAUGCCUGCCCUGUCGGAACGUAUCUAUCCGGACAAACGUGCGCGCCCUGCGACCCCUCCUGUGCGGAGUGCAGCGGGGCCGGCGCUUCCAAGUGCACGGCCUGUCCCGCCGGGAAGAUGCUGAGGUACACCGACGAGACCAAGCUUAAUGAGGGCGGCCAGUGCGUGGAGCAAUGUGUGGAGGGCCCGGAGUGCGAGACGUGCGGCCUAACAAUUGGAGGUACCAAGUACUGCUCGAAGUGCAAGGGGAGCAACGUGCCGCUCAAUGGCGUCUGCACAAGCAACGCGGCCAGGACUCAGUUCUGCACCACUGCCGCUGACGGUGCCUGCACGGCCUGCGCCGCCGGAUACUUCAUCCAGGAGGGCGGGUGCUACCAGACGACGAGGCUCCCCGGGAAGAGCAUCUGCACGACUGACAAUGGAGGGAAAUGCCAAACGUGUGCUAACGGACAAACCCCAGACGGAGGGACUGGAGUGUGCCCGUUGUGCGACUCCACCUGCAAGACGUGCACAGCAGGACAGACACAGCAGUGUCAAACUUGCUUCUCUGGGUACUAUAAGUCUGGAACAAAGUGUGUGAAGUGUGAUGCUAGUGACGGCCAAAUUACUGGCGUAACCGAUUGCGUGAGUUGUGCUCCACCAUCUGGUGAUAGCGGUUCUGUCACUUGCUAUGUGAAGAUGGAUGGCAGCAGUGGAGGGAAUAGCACGAACAAGAGCGGGCUCUCCACGGGGGCCAUAGCUGGUAUCGCCGUGGCUGCUGUCAUAGUUGUUGGUGGUCUCGUCGGCUUCCUCUGCUGGUGGUUCAUCUGUAGAGGAAAAGCAUAG